AUGCUAGAGAAGAGGAUUGACAGCGGCCUUUUAUCUGCAGUUUGUAGCCAGUUGUUGGAGGAAUGUACUCCGAGCAAACUAGUAUUCCUAUCUUCUCAGAUCUUUGGCGGCGCAAACUGU